AGGGGACCUCCACUCAGGGGCCGCUGACGGACGGAGGAGGUUGGAGAGCUGCAGAAAGUGGAGCGCAGCAGGAAACCCCAAACUCUCCGGCGGCGUUGAAGUAAUCACACACCAAAAAUCCCACUAGGAGCACCUGUGGCCGAGUCCUGCUGCACCCGAGUGGGUCUGAUUUUAAACAAAAUGUCCGGUCACAGCUCCACAGCCGGGUUGCUGGUCGCUCUGUGCAUCGGGAGCGCGGUGAACUGCAUGCUUGAUGUGGCGCACAAUGAUCCGCCGCAGUAUCGCGUUUCCUCGGUCUCUCCAGAUGGCUGUGUAGAGAACGGUCAGAUGUAUAAGGUUAACGACCAGUGGGAGCGUCCGUUUCUGGGCAGCAUCCUGAUCUGUACCUGCAAUGGAGUCGCUGGGAUUAAGUGCAGGAGCAAACCAGAAGAGGAAAAGUGUUAUGACAAACUGGGCCAGAAGUACUACAGCAUGGGAGAAACGUUUGAGAGCCCCAAGGAUGGCAUGAUCUGGGACUGCACCUGCAUUGGAUCUGGGAAGGGCAGAAUCAGUUGCACCAUUGCAAAUCGCUGUCAUGAUGGGGGGGCUUCAUAUAAGAUCGGAGACACCUGGAGAAGACCCCAUGAAGGAGGCUACAUGCUGGAGUGUGUCUGUCUGGGUAAUGGGAAGGGAGAAUGGACUUGUAAACCUGUUGCUGAGCGUUGCGUUGACCAGUCGGUUGGAACAUCCUACGUUGUUGGGGAGACGUGGGAGAAGCAGUACCAGGGAUGGAUGAUAAUCGAUUGCACCUGUCUGGGAGAGGGAAAUGGACUGAUCACGUGCACAUCCAGAAAUCGCUGUAAUGAUCAGGAAACUCGGACCUCAUACCGUAUCGGAGAUGUAUGGACCAAGACAGAUUCUCGCGGCCACCAGCUCCAUUGUCUCUGCACAGGGAACGGCCGUGGAGAGAUGAAGUGUGAACGACAUGCCUCACGUCACACCACUGGCCUGGGCACUGGCUCUCAUGUGGUACCCAACAUCCAGCCUGCGGUCUACCACCCUGUAGCUGUACCAGAGCUUCUCCUGGAGGGACCCUGCAAGACUGAUUCAGAACUGACAUACUCCAGUGGGCAGCGAUGGAUCAAGAGCCAGGGAAAUAAAAAGAUAAUCUGUACCUGCAUGGGAAAUGGUGUAAGCUGUGAUCAGUGGGAUGGACCAGCUCCAGUGUACGGUGGCAACUCUGGAGGCCUUCCCUGUGUGUUCCCAUUUGUUCACAAGGGAAAGACCUACCACUCAUGUACCUCUGAAGGGCGCAGUGAUGGGCAGUUGUGGUGUUCCACUUCUUCUGACUUUGAGAAAGACCAGAAAUAUUCCUUCUGUACAGAAAAGAAUGUUGUGGUGAUGACACGAGGGGGUAAUUCCAACGGUGCCCUCUGUCACUUUCCAUUCCUCUACAAUGGCCGAAACUACACUGACUGUACCUCAGAUGGUCGGAAGGAUGGCAUGAAGUGGUGUGGCACCACAACAGACUACGACACAGAUCAUCGUUUUGGGUUCUGUCCAAUGGCCGCAAAUGAAGAAGUGUGCACAGCAAGCGAGGGGGUGAUGUAUCGCGUAGGCGAACAGUGGGAUAAAAGACAUGAUGUUCUUGGUCACAUGAUGCGUUGUACCUGUGUCGGCAAUGGAAGAGGGGAAUGGAGCUGUGUCGCUUACUCCCAGCUUAAAGACCAUUGUCUUGUGGAUGGUGUGACCUACGAGGUUAACCAGACUUUCUCCAAAAACCACGAAGAAGGAUACAUGAUGAACUGUACCUGCUUUGGUCAGGGCCGCGGUCGCUGGAAGUGUGACGCCAUUGACCAUUGCCAGGACCCAGAGACAAGAACCAUCUACCAGGUUGGAGAAUCUUGGGACAAAGUCAUCCAAGGAGUCAUGUAUAAGUGCAUUUGCUAUGGCAAUGGCGUUGCAGAGCAUGGAUGCGAACCCCAACUGUCAUAUCCUGGUGGUCCUCGUCCCGUUCAGGUAAUCAUAGCAGAAUCUGGUGGCCAGCAAAAUUCCCAUCCUGUUCAGUGGAACACUCCAUCAUCAGCCCAUAUAACCCAGUACAUCCUGAAAUGGAGAGUGAAAGACACAGCUAGCCCAUGGAGGGAGGUUGUCAUUCCUGGUCAUCUUAACUCCUACACCAUCUCUGGCCUCAAACCGGGGAUUACAUAUGAGGGCCAGCUGAUCAGUGUGCUUCGGUUUGGACACAGAGAGAUUACUCGCUUUGACUUCACCACCACUUACGGAUCACUAAUUCCAUUAUAUGGAGAAACCACGCUUCCCCCCCCUGUAGUUGAGAUCUCCGAAUCAGUGACAGAAAUCACCUCCAACAGCUUCGUUGUCUCCUGGGUUUCUGCCUCUGACACCGUGUCUGGCUUUAGAGUGGAGUAUGAGCUGAUUGAACAGGGUCAGGGAACUGGGCAACCUUUUGUUCUAGAUUUGCCCCGUUCAGCCACUUCAGUGAACAUUAACGAGCUUUUGCCAGGCAGGAAAUACAAUGUUAACGUCUAUGAGGUUACAGAUGGAGAAGAGGCCAACCUCAUUCUCGCUACUUCACAAACAACUGCACCUGAUGCUCCGAAGGAACAUGAAGUAGAGGAGGUGGGAGAUACUUCAAUUGUGAUCAGCUGGGAAAGACCCCUAGCUCCAAUCACUGGAUAUCGUGUUGUCUUUGUGCCAUCAGAGGAGGGUGAAAGCACGGAGCUCACUCUUCCUGAUACAGCAACGUCUGUAACUCUGAGCGACCUACUGCCAGGGAUAUCCUACAACAUUAGCAUAUAUGCUGUGGAAGACAGUCUGGAGAGUGAACCUAUCUUUGUUCAAGUCAACACUACUGGGGAACCACUGCCAGACACAGUGGAUCCCCCCUCCGACCUGCAGUUCUUUGAGGUGUCUGAUAAGAAAAUUGUUCUGACCUGGUCGAGCCCAGUAGCCGGAGAUGUAUCGGGUUACCGGGUCACUGUGUUGUCUGUUGAUGAUUCCGGCUCUCCUCAGAGCGAGAUCACUUUGCCUGUCCACCAGAACUCCUAUGUUGAAGUGAUGCACCUAAAUCCAGGCACGCUGUACCGCUUCAGUGUGUACACCAUUUACAACGGAAAGGAGAGCUUACCACUUAUUGGGGAACAUGCCACCAAUCCUGACGCUCCUACAGACAUUCACUUCGCCAACAUUACCGAGGAUAGGGCAGUGGUGCUGUGGUUUGCACCGCGUGCCAAAAUUACCGGCUAUCGUCUCUUCCUGACUGUCGAGGGUUCGAACCCCAAACAGCUCCGCCUGCCUGGACGCCUCACACAGUACACCCUCCUUAACCUGCAGCCUGACACAAAGUACAAUGUCACUCUGCAUUCAGAGCAAGACAAUACACUGAGUGUAGGAGAGACUGCCAUGUUCACCACAAACUCACCAAUGGGUAAUGCCCCUCAGUUCAACACAGACGUCACUGAUACCUCCAUAGUAAUCUCCUGGUCUCCAGUUCCCCGCAUUGGAUACAAGCUGUCAGUCCGACCAAGUUUGGGAGGGGAAGCCCCGAGAGAUGUCAUCUCUGAAUCGGGAAGUAUUUACAUUUCUGGUCUGACUCCUGGAGUGGAAUACACCUACAGCAUCCAGCCAGUUUUUAAUGGCCAAGAACAAGGAACCCCAGUCACUCGACGUGUCAUCACACCUCUGUCUCCUCCUACUGAUCUGAACUUGGAGUCCAACCCAGGCAACAGUGACAUUACCGUCCAGUGGAAUGGACCCAACACUUCAGACAUCACAGGAUUCAGAGUGACAUGCACUCCCACUAGUGGGCAACAAGGAAACAGCCUGGAGGAAUUUGUGCAGGCUGGGGAGAACUCCUGCACCCUAGAAAACCUGAGUCCUGGGGUGGAGUAUAAUGUCAGCGUUGUCACUGUGAAGGAUGACAUGGAAAGCGCUCCUAUAUCAACUGUCAUUACCCCAGAGGUGCCCCAACUGACCGACCUCACCUUUGAGGGCGUGACUGACACAACCAUCAGUCUCCGCUGGUCGCCGCUCAGCACCACCACCGUCACAGGUUACAAGAUCACGGUGGUUGCAGCUGGUGAGAGCAUCCCCAUUUUCGAAGACAUGGUCCUGCCGACCACUGGCCAGUACACGGUGCAUGGACUGGAACCCGGCAUCGACUACGACAUUAGCGUGACCACAGUGACGGAGCAUGGCGAGAGCGAACCCACCACUUUCACUCAACAAACCUCUGUACCAGCCCCCACUGAUUUGAACUUCGGCGAAGUUGGACCAGACAGUAUCGAGGUCACUUGGGUCUCUCCUCAGGUUCCAAACACUGCUGACAUUAACAGCUUCAUCAUUAGACACCAUCCCAUUAAUGAUAAGGACGCAAUUACAGAAACCAGUGUUGGAGGCAAUACGAAUAGUGUGUUGCUAAGGAAUCUGCUGCCUAACACAGAGUAUCUGGUGAGCGUGGUGUGUGUUUAUGAGCAGAGAGAGAGCUCGCCUGUUGUUGGUAUCAAGAAAACAGCUCUGGAUUCACCAGUUGGCCUGCGUUUCUCUGAAAUCAUGACCAACUCCUUCACCAUCCACUGGCAGGCCCCCCAGAGCAGAAUCACUGGUUACCGCAUUCGUUACCAGAUAGUCAGCGGUGGAAGGGCCAAGGAUGAGAGGCUCCCCCCUUCAAGAAACCAUUUUACUAUGACGGGCCUCACUCCGGACACUCUCUAUUUGGUCAACAUCUCUGCUGUGAGCGGGGUACAAGAGAGCCUCCCGCUCAGUGGGACACAGAAAACAAUUUCUGAUGCCCCAACUGACCUGGAAGUGCUUGACUCCACCCCGACUAGUAUCACCGUUCGCUGGGUAGCACCACCCGUCACAGUUCGCUACUACAGGAUUACUCACGGAGAGACAGGAAGUCACACUAAGGAGUUUACUGUGUCUGGCACCAAGUCCACUGCUACGAUCAGCGAUUUAAAGCCUGGGACUGAUUACACCAUCACAGUCUAUGCUGUAACGGGCAGAGGAGACAGUCCUGCGUCCAGCAUUCCCAUCUACAUUACACACAGGACCGGCGUGGACUCUCCCUCUGGAAUGCAGGUGACAGAAGUGAAUGACAACAGCGUCACAGUGAGAUGGAGUCCAGCUCAGGGUCCAAUCAAGGGAUACAGGGUAACUGGGGCCCCUAGAAAUGGACAGGGAGCAUUUUUCUCUGAGGUGGUGGCUCCAGAUCAGACUGAGUUCACUUUCUCAGGCCUGAUGCCGACAGCAGAAUAUGUUUUCAGUGUGAAUGCUCUCGGUCAAAAUGGUGAAAGCUCUCCUCUGGUGGUGAAUGCCGUGACAAAUGUAGACCGUCCAAAGGACCUUACCUUCUCAGACGUCGAUUCCACUUCCUUGCGGAUAACCUGGGAUAGUCCAGAGGGAUUUGUUACGUCUUACCGUGUCUUGUACGCAAGUUCGGAGGAAGGGGAGAGGGAGCUGUAUCCAGCUCCAAGAGGAGAUGCUGAAUCAGCUGUAAUCUAUGGACUCCAGCCUGGAACUGAGUAUACAGUUAAGGUCAUUGCCAUGCAUGAUGGUACAACCAGUACUCCUCUGAUCGGGACACAAGCUACAGCCAUCUCUCCUCCUUCCAACCUCCAGUUUUCCGAGGUUGGCCCAACAUCUUUUACCAUGCGCUGGACUGCACCAGGUCAGGAAAAUCUGAUAACUGGCCUGCCAGGGCUCACUGGAUACCGCGUGGUGGUAAACCCAAAGAAGACGAGCGGCCCCACCAAGGAGAUCAGCCUGUCCCCGGACACGACUCAGGCCUACAUCCCUGGACUCAUGAUUGCAACAACCUAUGAAGUCCAUGUUUAUGCCUUGAAGAACUCUCUCACCAGCAGACCAGUCCAUGGAGAGGUCACCACUCUGGAAAACAUCAGCCCGCCGCGACGUGUGCGUAUAUCUGAAGUUAAAGACUCCUCCAUCACCCUCACCUGGAGGACAAAGCUUGAUACCAUUUCUGGAUUCUUGAUUGAAGCCACGCCCAUCGCCUCCUCUCCGAGCUAUAUUCCCAUUCAGAGGAAAAUCGGGCCUGAAUCACGCACAUACAUUCUCACAGGACUGGAGCCUGGCACCACUUACAAGGUCAAUCUCUAUACAGUGAAGGGCGAUGGACGAAGCAUACCUUUUACACUCACUGCCACCACAGCUCAGCCGACAGUCAUUCCACCCACCAACAUUCGCUUUACAUCACUGAAUCCUACCAGCAUCUCAUUCAUGUGGGAGCCAUCACAUAGUCCGAGGAUCACCGGCUAUUAUGUCACUUAUGAGGAGGCUGGGGGUCUGCCACGAGAACUCAGUCCUAGACCUCACGCAGGCCAGAGCUUUGCCGCCAUCGAUGGUCUUAACCCAGGAACGGAGUAUGUCAUUAAGAUUGUAGCACUGCAGAACUCUUUGAGAAGCACACCACUUGUGGGCAAAGCCAGAACCCAGCCAGCUGAAGACUAUUCAACUGUUCAUCAGAUAUCGGUACCAGACCUGCCUCAACUUCCAGUUCCUCAUCGGCCCAGAACCGACAUCCUGGAUGUUCCAGAGUCCUUCAAUGACAAGAUUUUUGACUCUAACCAUGUCCACCUGGCUGGCACAAGUGGUCAGAACCAACUAGGCCAGCAGGGUCAGCACAUUUAUACAGAGUACCAGAACUUGGGCCCAAAUGUUGGACUUCCUAGCCCCUAUGGUGGACCCAAGGAAGGGCAGAGACCCCCUCUCAGAGAGCCUCUGAUUUAUAUUCCUGUAGCUGGUCCUGAUGGAAACAGAGUACCCCUGGUCAAGGUGAGCGACACCCCUCUGCCUGGUCUUGCUUUUGGCUUCCCUGACAACGAAACAGAUCUGCCCCAAGAAGCAAAGACAAUUACAACCAUCUCAUGGCAACCUGUCCCUGAAACCACAGAAUAUGAGGUGUCAUGUAACCCCAUCACAGAUCUGAUGGAAGGACGCCUGCAGAUGCGUCUUCCAGGCUCCUCCGACAGCGCCACACUAAUUGGAUUGACAUCUGGAGCAUCCUACAAUGUUGUUGUAGAGGCUGUAAAGGAUGGAGGCAAACAGACAGUUCUGGAAGAAGUCGUCACUGUUGGCAAUGCAGUUCCAGAUGACAUUCCUGUUACCAACAAUGGAGACGUGUGCUACGAUAGAUUCACGCACACGUACCAUGAGACGGGUUCUGAGUGGGAGCGCAUGUCUGAGACGGGUUUCAAGCUGUGGUGCCGAUGCCUGGGGCUUGGCAGUGGUCACUUUAGGUGUGAUUCAUCCAAGUGGUGCCAUGACAACAACAAUAAUUACCGCAUUGGAGAAAAGUGGGAUCGCCGUGCUGACAACGGUCAUAUGAUGAGCUGCACCUGCCUGGGCAACGGCAAAGGAGAAUUCAAAUGCGAACCACAUGAGUCAACUUGUUAUGAUGAUGGAAAAAUGUACCAGGUUGGAAACCAGUGGCAGAAGGAAUACAUGGGUGCCAUCUGUACUUGUACCUGCUAUGGAGGACAACAGGGAUGGCGGUGUGAGAACUGUAGAAGGCCUGGAGGGCAAACCAAUGUGGAGGCUGAGAUCUUGCAGCCUGGUGGCUUAGAUGCCUUCCAACGCUACAGAGAAAAUGCUCUACGUAAACUGAACAUCCAGUGCCCGAUUGAAUGUUUAAAUCCAGAGCUGCUAGCAGAUGCUCAAAGCCCUUUAGAGUAGAGAAGAAAGGAGGAAUCGUGGGCUGAAACCCGUUAAAAUCUUCUCACUUCAAGAAGGAAGCUUCCUCCUGGUGCAUCAAGAGACGACAUUUCCAUCAGAUUUGUGCCUUAAAGAUUUUCACCGCACCUACAUUUAGUGCCUUAAUUAACUCUGUGCCUUAUCAAAGAUCUAGAGUGGUUUGAUUCUCUCAUUUUCAGCUAAAACAGAAUUUCUUCAGUGGAGAAUUUUUAAAACUUCUUUUUUUUUUACAAAAAUCUCUCACAGCACAAAUACUCCUGCAGCGUCACCUUAAACUUGCAUUCACAGAACAUACUGUAAUGGAAUUUCUCCAUCAUAAACAAAAAAAGCAUAUUUGAAAAUCAGCAGAAGUAUAACAACAACAAAAAAAGAUUUUAACAUUUAUUUUUAGCAAUUUGCUUCUUGUCAGUUCUUCUCAAUGAAACCAGUUUGUAUUCAGAAAACAUUUAGUUAAUGAUACCUUGCAUUUUCAGGUGCUUAGAUAUUUCCAAGUCAGAAGAGUUUUUAUGCAAAGAAACUGCAAAGCCAUACAGUAUUUUAUUGUUUUUUAGAUCAACUUUCAGGUGUUUUGUUUCUCUAUGGUCAGUGUGCAGCUUUUCUGAUGAGCUGUUUAGGGAUUAGUUUGCCUACUCUGCUUUCAAAUGGAAAGAAAAAAUGAACACAACAAACCUUCCUUUUAAAAAUAAGCACUGUUACUUUUGAUAUGGUAUUAUAUUUACCAGCUGUUUUUACUUUGUACAUUUUUUCUUAAAAUUCAUCAGAUGUGGACAUCAUCCAUAGACUACAGUUAGUAUUUUCUUAAAAUAAGGAAACAUAAAACAUAAAAAAAAUGUUUAAAACUCAAAGCUCACUGACCUAAAGUUAAACUGUUGAUAAAUUUGCAAUAUUUUCAAAUGAAUUCUGUUUUAAUUACAUGUUUGUAUUUUUAAAGUCUUUACUUCUAUUUAUCCCUUUUUACUUAGGCAUUUUGCUCAAUGCUAUUUUUGGGUGUAAACUUUAUUUUUAUUAAGUGUUUUUGGUUUUGUUAAUAAUGUUGCCAGACUCUGAACUACUGUGGACCAAAUCUUCUUAAUAAAUUCAAAAGAAAAUAA